AUGGCGGGGUUUUGUGGAUCAGGGGCCUUGGGCAGACAGCCAACCCCUCGUCCUCCUGAAAGACGUCCCCCCAAUUUCCUUGUGUGCAGGUGGAGGGUCUGGCACUUGGGGCUCCGCAAGGCCCUUGUCCCACUGCAGGCUGCCUGGGUCGCCUUCUCUCAGCCUGUCCCAACCAGCUGUGGCCAGCUGCUAACCCAGCUCCUCCUGUGCGGUUGCCAGGCCGUUGCUGCUGCGGGUCUGACACACCGCUGGCUCGUGUCCUCGCUGCUUUACCCUCCGGGACCCUCAGCCACAGUGGCCACUGUCUGCGGCCUCUUGGUUUUCCUGGUCCUGGGCUUGGUGCCCCCCGCACGCUGCCUGUUUGCACUCAGCGUCCCCACCCUGAGCACGGAACAGGGCCGCCGCCUGCUCCUGUCCUGGAGCACCGCCACCCUGGCCGUCGCCGUGGUGCCCAACGUCUUGGCCAACGUGGGCGCGGCCGGGCAGGUGCUGAGAUGUGUCACAGAGGGCUCCCUGGAAAGCCUGCUCAACACCACUCACCAGCUGCACACAGCGUCCGGGGCUCUGGGCCCCGCUGGCCAAGCAGGCGGCCGGGGCUUGACCCUCCAGGCCCAGGGCAACGGCUCUGUAUUCCUGCUUCACAUGCUCAGGGUCACUCAGCAGGUGCUGGAGGACUUCUCUGGCCUGGAGUCCCUGGUCCGGGCGGCCGUGCUGGGGACCCAGCAGGUGGUCGCGGGGCUCUUUGUGCUGGGCCUCCUCGUGGACUCCGGCUGGUACCUCCACCGCUACCUGACGGACCUGCGGUUUGACAAUAUCUACGCCACACGACAACUGGCUUUGCAGCUGGCCGAGGCCCAGGCCACACACCUGGUGGCCUCCCCCCCAGCCUGGCUGCUCUGGGCCGCCCGGCCGAGGCUGUCCCAGGGGGAGCUGCUGAGCUGUCUCCUGAGGCUGGGACUGCUCACCCUGCCCCUGAUGGCCACAGCUGUGAUGGUGGCUACAGACCACGUGGCCUUUCUCCUGGCUCAGGCAGCCGUGGACUGGGCGCAGAAACUGCCUGCCGUGCCCACCACGCUCACGGUCAAGUAUGAUGCCACGUACACGGUCCUGGGUUUCGUCCCCUUUCUCUUCAACCAGCCGCCUCCGGAGAGCCCCUUCCUCUCUGCUCACAGGUCCUUCCAGUGGGAGCUCCGCCUCACCUCCCAGGGCUGCCGGCUGCUGCCCGCCCAGCGCCCCCACUCGGCCGCCUCCCUGGCUGCCGGCGCCCUGCAGUUGGCGGCCUGCGCCACCGUCCUGCUGGAGACCUACGCCCGGCGCCUGCGGCACACCGUCGCCGCUUCCUUCUUCUCGGCCCAGGAGGCCAGGAGGGCCCGCCACCUUCGCGCCCGGCUCCAGCGCAGAUACGACAGGCGCCCAGGCCAGCAGCUGCCCCCGGAGACCCCCUCCUGCUCCUGACACCCGGGCCUGCCAGCACCCGGCCCGGCAUGUCCUUGCUGUGUGACCUUGGGUGGAUUGCUUCUCCUCUCUGAGCCUCAGUUUCUAUGCCUGCAUAAUGACUGCAUAAUAAUAACCCAUGUGACCUACUUUCCACGGAGGGGGGGGCGGGGGAAUGUGGGAAGGGAGGAAUUCGAUACUGGGGGGUAAAAAGGCCUCGAGAAGCAGUAAAGCAUUCUGCACAGUGACCCACGAGGAAGUGCAGAGACAGCCCCAGGUUCCUCCAGACCAGCUGGGGAUCAGUGAAGGCUCUCACCUGCAUCAGGGGCCUCCGACUGGCAGAUGGAAACUUUGCCUAGCGAGAUGUGCCCAAAUGCUCCCGGAACUUAUUUAUAUGUCCCCCGAAUCUUCUGAGGUUUAGCAGCCUAACAUUUUCUUGAUUUUCUAAAUGAAGUA